AUGACUCAACAACAAACCAUCAAAGAACUCAUAAACCACCUAGAGCAACAACAACAACAAAUCAAAAAACUGCAAGACGCUGUUAAGACACUCACGCAAACAGUACAGCAAUUAAUUGAAGUUACAAAACCAACUCAACCAAAACCUGAACCAACCAUUAAUCUUUCUCAAGCUCAAAAUGAAGCCCAAAAAAUUCACCCUCAACCAAAACCUGAACCAUCUCAACAACCAAAACAGGAAACUAAACAUUUAGAAACUCCUCAACUCAAAAUUGAACAUACUAGUCAACCCAAGAACAAAAUUAAUUCAAUCUCAAUCUACUCGGACAACAAUAUCUCAUCCUCAUUUGUAAAAUUUAUUCUUAAAAGAUUUGAAUCAGUCAUUGAACACUGGUACAUCCCAGACAACAAGACCAACACUCUCAAUUUAGUCAUUCAAAAUGCCGAAACUCAACAACAAAUACUAAAGAAACUUAAUUCACCAGCCAUGACAGAAAAAACACAAACAAAAUAUUUCGCUUCACCAAUGAUUUUUACAUCAUCUCCAACAACAUUAAUAGCCAAAGAAAAAUCAAUUUCGAACAUCCAAACUCUCAUCAAGUACUCAAUCAAUCAAAAGAAAUGUAGAAUUGAACAAAUGUGCCUAACAUUCAAUCCAAAAGAAACUUUGUACAAACUUAAAAUUAACUUUGAUUCCAAGAGUCCCAACACUGAAUUGAUCGAACAAGGAUUUGAAAUUAUCAAAAGAAAGCAAGAAACACAUAUAGCAAAUUGCAUACUUCCUGAAUCAACAAGCGAACUCGCAAUUACCAAAGCAAUUAAAACACUAUGCAAGAACACAACCAUCAAAUUCGAAAAAGAGAGACUCAGUAUUAAGAAAAAGGUAAAAGAUACCUACUCAUACCUAAUUGUUGAAUACAAGCUUAAUGACAUCAAUGAAUUGAAUAGACUAACCUCAACAAGAUUUAUUUGCUCCACAGAAUUGAAACCAAUUUCUAGACAGUUCAAGCCAAAGUCAACCGCAUGA